UCUUCUUUCUUGAGAUCUGUUAGGGUUUCAAAGCACCCUCUGAUCUCGGUCCGACCUCUCGCCCACCCCACCGAUCUAGGGUUUUCUCGCCAGCGAUGACGGCCGCCGCCUCGAAUCCUGCUUCGAGUGAGCCGCGCUAUGCACCUGAUGAUCCCUCGCUGCCGAAGCCAUGGAAGGGACUCGUCGAUGGAAGCACUGGGUAUAUUUAUUACUGGAAUCCAGUCACCAACGUCACCCAGUAUGAGCGCCCGGUGCCGGAGCAGCUUCCUCCGCCGCCGUCAUCGCUCCCUGCUAUCCCGCCGAAGUCGGUUAGCUCGUCAGUUCAGGUCUUUGACCCCCCGCCGCCGGCGGGAGGGGGUGGUUCCGCACGCCGUGGAGGACAUGAGGAUGAUGGCCGGCACUCCGGCCCUCGGGGUCAUCAGUACCUGGGUAACAAGGGUGGUGGCUCCCAUAUAAUGAGUGGUCCUACCAAUGUUGGGCUUGACUCAUCAAUUGCCCACGGACGUGGGCAUGGCGCGCCAAGCUCAAGGGUAACUGGCCGAGGACGUAUCUCAAGUGAUUCAAAUGGUGGUAUCGCGGCAGAUAUCUACCGUCGUCAGCAUGAAAUUACCGUCACUGGAGAAGACAUUCCGGUUCCAUACAUGACAUUUGACACUACAGACUUCCCUUCAGAAAUUCUAAGAGAGGUACAUCAUGCAGGCUUUUCUGCUCCCACACCAAUCCAAGCUCAGUCAUGGCCUGUUGCUCUAAGUGGUCGUGAUAUUGUUGCUAUUGCAAAAACAGGGUCUGGGAAAACUUUGGGUUAUCUCCUUCCAGGAUUCAUGCAUAUCAAACAGCUCAGGAACAAUCCCAGAAUGGGCCCAACAGUGUUGGUACUAUCACCUACAAGGGAACUAGCUACACAGAUACAAGAGGAAGCAAUGAAGUUUGGUAGAUCAUCCAGGAUUUCAUCUGCGUGCUUAUAUGGAGGUGCUCCAAAGGGUCCUCAAUUGAGAGAUAUUGAUAGAGGUGUUGAUGUUGUGGUCGCAACUCCAGGAAGGUUGAAUGAUAUUUUAGAGAUGAAAAGAGUGAGUCUUAGGCAAGUUUCUUAUCUUGUACUUGAUGAGGCUGACCGUAUGCUUGACAUGGGAUUUGAACCGCAAAUACGAAAAAUUGUAAAAGAGAUACCAGCUCGGCGUCAAACUCUUAUGUUCACUGCAACAUGGCCUAAGGAGGUCCGGAAAAUAGCUGCAGAUUUACUUGUUAAUCCUGUUCAGGUUAAUAUUGGCAACAUUGAUGCACUUGUUGCAAACAAAGCUAUUACACAGUACAUAGAAGUUAUUACACCCAUGGAAAAACAGAGGCGGCUUGAGCAGAUUCUUCGAUCACAAGAACCUGGCUCUAAGGUGAUAAUAUUCUGCUCAACCAAAAGGAUGUGUGAUCAACUAGCUAGAACGCUCACUCGGCAGUUUGGUGCUGCUGCAAUUCAUGGUGAUAAAUCUCAGAGUGAGAGAGAUUGGGUUUUGAACUCUUUUCGAACUGGGAAGUCCCCCAUUCUUGUUGCUACUGACGUUGCUGCUCGUGGUUUGGACAUAAAAGAUAUUAGGGUGGUUAUCAACUAUGACUUCCCCACUGGUGUUGAAGACUAUGUUCACAGGAUUGGAAGGACAGGUAGAGCUGGUGCUACUGGAGUGUCUCAUACAUUUUUUUGUGAGCAGGAUGCAAAGCAUGCAUCAGAUCUUGUGAAAGUUCUGGAGGGGGCCAACCAACGUGUUCCUUCUGAGUUAAGAGACAUGGUAGCCCGUGGGGGGUUCGGAGGUAAGUUACGGCGCUGGGGUCCCACUUCUAGUGCUCAUGAUGGGGUGCGUUCACAUCUUGGUACCUACGGUGGAAGAGGCGGACGGGAUCCUCCGCCCUCAUUCACUAGAUUAGAUGGCAAUCAUGGUGGUCAUGCACGAUCAUCCCCACCACGUGAAAGAUAUGAUCGAGCUUAUCAUGAUGGGCGUGAGCGUGACCUAGUUACACGUGGCCGGCAUGACACAAAGGGCAGUGCUGUUAUGGUUGAUUACAGGGCUGGAGGUAGAGGCCACAGCCGAAGCAGGAGUCCACACAAGGGUUAUAAUGGAUGGGGCAAUGGCCGGAAACGUAGUCGCAGCCACAGCCCAUAUAAGAAUCACCAUGGUCAUAGCCACAGUAGGAGCAGAAGCCGUAGUCCAAUGCACAAGCAAUCACCACCAAGAAGGGGACCACCUCCAAUGGAUCAUCUUACUCGAGGCACCAUCGAUUCACCUCCACCACAACGGACUUCACCAGCGAAUAAUGUGGCGAAGAGAGAACAUCAACCUGAUCACAUGCAAGGUUCGCGGUGGGAUAGAUCCCUUCCACUGCACAGGCACAAGAGUGAGUGUUCUCCUCACCACCAUAAUGAUGCUCAAGGCAUGGUUUCCAAUGGCCUUGCACUCCGACAAGAUUCUUCGCAUUACAAUGGUGAAGAAGAAGAGGAAGGCAUGAUUCCUGCCGAUGAGGAGGGUAUGAUUCCUCCUGAGGUUGAUAACGGGGCUUGAGUUUUCAAAUCGGAGCCCAAGAACUAUUAUAUCCAUUCAAAUACUAUUUCUCUAGCAUUAUUAUAUGUCUGAUCCAUUAAUCAUCUGUUGUUAUUGAUCAAACUUCAACAGUAAGUUUACAUAGAACUCCUUUGCCACCUCAUUGCAGAAAAAGGGUGUGCAUGGUGGUGAUCAUAAUGAAGAUGUAAAAUUUCUUGAUUUUAAGUUC